GCGACAACGGCGGAGCUUCCUUGACACAAGGGCUCGGCGCGACAUCUGAUUAGCUCCAGCACGAGAGCUAAGCUUUUCUAGAAGGCCGAAUAAGCUUUUUCUGUCGUGCUCGUUUGCAUGCACAGCAAACCGGAUUUACCAGAGGUAUUGAGCAUGGCACGAGGAUGGCGCGGUUUCGCGAAGACCUCCAGUCACGGCUUUGCGGCGACAUUCUCUGCGAGGUUGCGGUCAAUCCUUGACUAUAUAUAUGAAGGGUCAUGCAAUCUUGAUGAUCUCACGAGAGUCGAAAGUUUGGUUGUCGUUCGAUUCUUCCUGUCUUCUCUUACGUCAAAAUGCCUGCCAUGACUCGCAUUGCCCUGAGCCUGGGACUGGCUCUGGGUGCUUCUGCCGCCAAGAACUCAAUCGUUGCGCCCACUGGGGCUGAAAAGCUUACUGUCGGUCUUCUGGGAGACUAUGGUUGGACUGGCUGGCAGCCUCUUCCUCUGGACUUUUGCAACACCGCUUUGCCUAAGCUCCAGGCUGAUGGUGUGACUAUUCCUCGCGACCUCCAGAAUGAUUGUGACCCCGGUGACCGUGCCGAUAUCGCCAAUGCCACCAUCGAGGAGACCCGCACUGCUCAGUACAUCGAAAAGGUCUGCCUCCACAAGAACUGCUCCGCCUUCAUGUCUGUCGGCGACAACUUCUACGACAGUGGCGUGGACUUCACUUCCGAAGGUAUCCAGCGCUUCUACGAGGGCUGGGCGAACAUGUACGUCGGCAAAGCCUUCGACGGCAAGCCCUGGUACCAAGCCCUAGGCAACCACGACAUCGUCGCUGGCAAAGCCGGAGUCGACUUCCAGACGCGCAUCGCGCCCCUCAUGGAAGACCGGUGGUACUUUGGCAACGACAACCUGCCCUACUACACCUACGACCUGAAGGGGUCCAACUGGACCGCGACCUUUGCCGUCGUCGACUCGGACUGCUUCAUCAACAAGUACCAGCAGAGCACCUCGGUCUACAACACCGACUACGUCAUCGAAUGCCACAAGCAGACGCAGACUCAAGUCGACUUCCUCCGCAAGGCCUUCGCCGAGUCCACCGCAACCUGGAAGAUCCUGCAGAUCCACCACGGUUUCAUCUCCUCGUCCACCAACUACACCGAGCUCGCACCCUUGAUGGACAUUGUCCGCGAGAACAACGCCGUCGUGAUCAACGGCCACGACCACUGCAUGGCCCACUACGAGUUCAACGGAACCACCUUCGUUCUCACCGGUGGUGCCGGUUACGCCGAGGCUGGUGAUUGCAACUACGGUGUUCCCAUGGGUCCUUUCACCAAGUGGCUCGGUGCUAAUGAGCAGCAGGCGGCUAACGGUUUCGUCACUCUGGAUAUUAGCUACAAUGCGCUGCAUUUCGAGUACUAUGCUCGUGAUAUGCAGAUGAAGGGUGCUGAUUACUAUCCCGUUGCGGACGAUAUGAAGCCCUCGCACAGCUUCGAUAUUACUCAGCAUGCUACCAGGGCUAGAGUCUAGGGUCGAGAGUGAGGAGAGCGGGGGAUGUGUGUGAGGUUCACAGUGUAUAAUUAGUAGAGUCCAUAGGGG